AUGGACAAAUGGUCGCCAAAUCUAAAACUCGCUUUAGCAAGAAAUCAGGGUCUCCCCGAAAUUCGCUCCUCCAAAAAGCUAAGCAGUUUGUUUGGGCUGCCGAAAACCUCAGGGAGGGACCUAGGACAACCCAUGUGCCUUGCCCUGUACUCCGCAACCGCCGUGCAUUCCAUGAUCACGUGGGCUGCCGUUUCUUCAGUCAUCAUGCACGCUCUACAUAAUGGACUGUAUGAAAUACGCCAUUUGAGGAUAAUCGACUGGCCUGUCACGUGCUUCAAUGUGGAAGAACUUCAAUAUCACUUCCCAAAUAUACGCGUACUUGAUUUUAUCAAUUGCACACACUUAACUACUUUCAAGGGGCGCUUUCGACCUAGUUGUAAGAUCGAGAAAUUAUCAAUACAUGGGCUCCCAUUACUAUGGGAGGUACCAGCGGAUAUGGUGACAGAAAUGCAUCAGCUGCGAGUAAUUGAUCUUCGAUAUAAUAUGUUGAGGCAUUUAAAAGCACCGCUCUUGAGUAAACCACGAAAGCUGGAGAGAAUUUAUUUAAGUGAUAAUAAAUGGGACUGUAGCGACGGCGGACUUGAUUGGCUAGCGAUGGAAAAUGACAACAGUACCAUAAGAAAAAUGAUUGUGGAUUACUAUCAACUGGUCUGCCAUCAACAACUAUAUCGAGGCAAACCGCUGCAUAAAGUAAUGGAUAUUAUAAAAAUGGUGCGCAACACUUGUCCCGAUCCUUGUGCGUGCGCAAUGACCCACGUUGUGAACGACAGAAGUGGCGGAUUGCUUCCUCUCAUCACAGUGGACUGCUCUAAGAAGGAGCUCGCAAUACCACCUUCCAACCUUCCACCAAAUACAACUACAUUACGGCUUGAAGGAAACAAGAUCAGUUCUAUAAGAAACCUAGUCCACGAUCCUCAAUAUAAGAAGUUGAUGGACCUUUAUCUUGACAACAACACUAUUCAGUUUGUUAAGGAAUUAGAAGGGUCCGAAUGGUUCACGACAUUUCGUGUUUUGAGUUUGCGCGGAAAUCGAUUGAAGCAGAUACCAGUUUACGCUUUCGACAAGGCCUUCCAAGUGAACAACAAUAUUAUGGGUGUAUUUUUAGGUCAUAAUCCAUGGCGGUGCGACUGUCACUUCACACCACGUUUCCAAGGAUUACUGCUCAAGUAUAAGAGAGUUAUCCGAGACUUAUCCGAUAUAAAGUGCUCGAAAUCAGACGAUAAAACCAUUUCGCAAGUACAGAUUAGCACACUAUCUUUAGGUAACGUGUGCAGCAGGACGGAACUGAAAAUGCCCAUUAGUUCAAUCAAUAUAGCCAAUUUGGUUCUCGCUCUUCUUAUACUUUUGGUUAUUGGAAGGUUCCUGUAUGACUGGCACCACUUUAGAACAACUGGGAAGCUGCCUUGGAUAUCUUCUAUUCUGCCUUAA